AUGCUGUUCCAUCACUGAGAGGAAGUGUCAGAAGAUUGUUUUGGAUCCUCGUACAGUGAACGACUUUAGGUUUAGUUUGGUGAACUGAAGCCGUUACAUGAACAGCCUGCUGUUCACUUCGCCGCAGCAAGACAACGAAGAGGAGGACGAAGAUAGUGAGGAACGUGCAUUAUGAGGAAGGUGCAGCUGUUUCCCCAGCGGGUUCAUGGAUGUGUUCCACUUCAGAAUCAAGUGGAACCCUGAGUAAAAGUCGAAUCUGACUUGUUUUCACAGACAAAGUUCCACUUCCGUGAUCUCAUUGUCUCUCCUCAGUUUUUUAUAACCGACUUGAAAUUGAUCCAUCCAGUUCAGUACCUGCUGAACCUGCACUGAGUGACGGGCGAGGGCACACCCUGGACCGGUUACCAGGGCAACACGGAGACGCACGACAUGAAACCAUGCACACACUCACACAUAAGGAUAAUUUGGAGAGACCAGUCACCCUGUUUUUGGUCAAGGGGGAGCAGAAGUACCCAUAGAAAACACAGGACAAGUUUAAAGCUAUGGAAGCAGGUCACCGGUUUGUCCUUCAGUUAGCUGAUGAAGUGGAAGCAAAUGGACAUCCCAGCAUCCUCAGAGCUCUGACAGACCAACAUAUGGAGCUGUGUGAGGUGAUGAAAUCUCAACAUGUCCCGCUUCUUGCCCAGUGACCGCUGGAGAUGGGCACCAUCUCCUCGCCUAUAGCCAGGAGAAGCAGAUAUUGAUAUUGAUAAUUGAAGGAUGUCAUCAAUACAAAUCUUCAGAUUGAUAAAAAUGCAUGGCUGUCUGUGGCUCAAGAGAUUUCUUUUGCAGCUGGUUGAAGAUGUGUGGCAUCUGGGCUUUGUUUGGCAGCGAUGAGUGUCUGUCGGUUCAGUGCACGUCUGCUAUGAAGAUCGCUCACAGGGGCCCUGAUGCUUUCCGCUUUGAAAAUGUCAACGGUUUCACCAACUGCUACUUCGGCUUCCACCGGCUGGCCAUUGUGGACCAGCUGUAUGGUAUGCAGCCACUACGAGUCAAGAAGUUCCCUUACUUGUGGCUCUGCUACAACGGAGAGAUUUACAACCACCAAGCACUGAAGACAAAGUUUGACUUUGAUUAUCAGACUGAAGUAGAUGGUGAAGUUCUGCUUCAUCUGUAUGACCGCUUUGGAAUCCAGAAGAUGGCUUCUCUUCUGGACGGAGUAUUUGCUUUCAUCCUGCUGGACACGGCCAACAGAAAAGUCCACCUGGGGAGAGACACGUACGGCGUCCGGCCGCUCUUUAAGUUCCUCGCUGACAAUGGCUUCCUUGCAGUCUGCUCAGAGGCCAAAGGCCUUGUAGAGAUCACCCACUCCAUGGAAACUGCUACCAGCAUCGUUCCCUUCCUCCCUGGCCACUUUGAAGUCUUUGACUUGAAGCUGAACGGCAAAGUUCAGUCGGUUCAGCUUGAGCAGUUUCACUGCUGUACCAGAGAGCCGGAGCACGCCCUGUACAAUAUGGUGGAGGGACUGUCUUCAGAUUUUGGGGAGGAAACGGUGAAACGCAACAUCAGAAGUCUGUUUGAAAACGCUGUGAGGAAACGCCUUAUGGCCCACAGACGCAUCGGAUGUCUGCUGUCAGGCGGUCUGGACUCCAGUUUGGUUGCGGCCAUACUGCUGAAGCUGUCCAAAGAGGAGAAGCUGCCGUAUUCCAUUCAGACAUUUUCCAUCGGCUCCGAGGACAGUCCUGAUGUCAUGGCUGCUAAAAAGGUGGCUGCUCACAUCGGCAGUGAGCACCACGAGGUGCAGUUCACCACAGAGGAAGGAGUCAAAGCUGUGGAGGAGGUCAUCUUCCACCUGGAGACCUACGACAUCACCACUGUUCGAGCCUCUGUUGGGAUGUACUUGGUAAUGAAGUACAUCAGGGAGAAGACAGACAGCGUGGUGAUCUUCUCUGGAGAGGGCUCUGAUGAGCUGACUCAGGGUUACCUUUACUUCCACAAGGCUCCAAGUGCCAAAGCAGGAGCAGAGGAGAGCGUCCGCCUCUUAAAGGAACUCUACCUGUUCGAUGUUCUUCGUGCUGAUCGGACCACCGCUGCACAUGGCUUGGAGCUUAGAGUGCCUUUCUUGGACCACAGAUUCACAGCCUACUACCUUUCACUUCCUGAGGAGAUGAGAACUCCUAAGGACGGAGUGGAGAAACACCUCCUCAGGGACUCUUUCAAAAGCCUGAACUUGAUUCCUGAUGAGAUCCUGUGGAGACGGAAGGAAGCCUUCAGUGAUGGUAUGAUGUCUGAGAAGAAGUCCUGGUACACCUACCUGCAAGAGCAUCUGGACUCUGUGGUUAACAACAGCCAGAUGGAGAAGGCUAAGCAGACUUUCCCCCACAACCCUCCCAGGACCAAAGAGGCCUAUUACUACAGACAGGUGUUUGAGAAGUUCUUCCCGGGCCAUGCCCAGUGGCUGCCCCAUUACUGGAUGCCUCGUUGGAUCAGCGCCACUGACCCGUCAGCACGGACCCUGUCCAUCUACAAACCUGACAAACAUCAGUGAUUGGCCGGAGCUUCUAUGUGUUUCUGCCUAUUAUGUCAGGCUGUUAUGCCUGUCAGAGGUCAGCUGGAGACUGAGUUGACUUUGGGACCCCACAUUCUCUGCCUUUAGUCCACAGCUGCAUAAGCAGCCCAUGAUGCUGUGUAGAAGCUCUAAGAUAGCUUCAGCCUUCAGAUUUUGUUCAUUUUUCUACCAUUUGUUGCUAGCGCUCUGAGGAACAGCGUAGUGGUCUCCGUUAGUCCAUCUGUACCUAGAACCAUCCAGCUCACCCUCUGUUGGUGUGGAGCUCCUGGCAGCUCUGCAGUGUUCGGUUUAUCUGAUGUUCACCACUGGAGGUCUGUUAAAUAAAAGCAAACUCCAUGAA